AUGCAUUUCCAACUCAUCCAAUCCGCGGCUCUGUUGGCCGCUGUCCUGCCGACGGCCCUCGCAGCCGUUCCCUCUGACUCUUUGGAACGCCGGGCUGAGUGGACCACCACCACUCAGGAUAUCGAGCUCUCCGAGUUGGGAAACAUUGAGUUGUACUCUCAGAAUGAGAACCCUGCCAACGUGGUUCAGAGAGAGCUUGAAGCACGAAGCUCCGCGUCUGCCUUUGUCUGCAGAGGUCGUCGCCCCUUGCCCCGCAGCGGCGGAAAGUGGCUUUACCGUGAAGCCACCUGUGACCGCACCGGCACCGACGUGAACACCUUCAAAGUCUCCUGCAUGGCCGAGAACUCCCACGCCGACAUCCUCUACCGCCUCCCCGGCGCUUGUGGCAAGAACCAGUGGUGCGUCGAGUUCCACGGAUACAACGAGAUUGGCCAGGGCGCUUGGGACGUCACCUGCGUCGACAAGCCCAACAUCCACACCUGGGUCGCCAACACCUUCUCCAACCCGGGCCAAGUCACCACUUGCAGCGCCGGAUGGAACAACAAUGGCAAGCGUAACCUCAAGGCUACCUUCGAAGUCGACGUCAUGGAUGCUGGUGGAAUCAACCGCAUCAACCCCAAGGAGGUGUACUACCAGCUUGGUGGCAAGCGGAUCGGUGUCUCCCGCAGCGGUGACUCUGAGGUCGGUUCGGGAUCUAUCAUCAUUCCCCCUGGUGGAUCUAUUCAGGCUUGCGUCACUGCGUACUCUGGACAGAUCAUCAACAUGCUUGGUGCUCUUACUUCUCUCGUGUCGCUUUAG